AUGGCGUCAAUUGUGGACAAGGUCUAUGUUACGCGUCUGUCCAUCACUACCCUGUUCACCAUGACCAACGCCACACCUUCAUUCACGAUUGAUGCAAAAAAUAAGUCUUACAAACAUCAAUUCUCGAACAUCUACUUUACAAGAUUGACGAUGCUCAGGAAAGCAGUGGAGCAGCGCGCAGAAAAGAGAUGGAAGAACGUGGCGGGUAAACCCACAUAUGUGAGACGUGUGCUUGACGUUGUUAAGUCUCAGCUAUGUUGGAUAGUGGGGACUGUAUACAUAGAUAUGCCAUUGAAACCCAACGUGCUUCAGGACAUCGGCCGAGAUCACUCAAUUGCCCCUCCCCCUCCUCCUGUUAAGUUCAAUUCAGAUAAAGACGUCGUCAUGCUUGAAGAUGAAUCUGGGCGCAUUACACUUGUAGGCGAGAAGGUAAAGGUAGCGUGCCUCGUUACAGGCGUCAUUGUCGCAGUGCUUGGCGUCGAAACACUGAAUGGUGAAUUUGAAGCCAUCGACGUGAGCAUUGCUGGCCUGGCACCAUUUUGUGAAAACGGGGGUGAAGUGGAGGAUGUCAUGAACACAGAAGAACCUGAUUCCUUACCGCCGCAGAUAGAUGAGUAUAUUGGUAUUGUGUCUGGGCUGCAGAUUGGUUCGCCCUCACCUAUCGACGCCCAAAUUCAGAUGCUUGUAGAGUUUCUUGUUGGUGAAGCAGGCGGCCCUGAGGACCGCAAAAUUGCGGCCCAAGUGUCAUGCCUCGUGAUAGCUGGGAAUUCUUUGGCUAUCCCGAUCUCCAAAGAGACUGACAAGGAUGACAAGAAGGACCGACGUUUCAAGAAGGCUUCCUCCCAUGCCACCUUUUCCCCCCAUCCAGCUGCUAUGCUAGCAGCGCAUUUGUUGGAUCUGUCGUCCGUCCUUCCUGUGCAUAUUUUGCCUGGCCCCGACGACCCAGCAGGUGCAAUCCUUCCUCAACAGCCUUUCCCCCGUGCAAUGUUUGGCAAGGCUUCAUCGUCAGAGACAUUCUACUGUGAAACAAAUCCAGUGUGGCUGAAUAUAGAAUGCGAGAAUACAAAACAUUUACCCCCCAGCAAAAGGACGAGUACAUCACGAUCAAAAUCAUCAUCACUACAUUUGAAGCGCAAUAUCCUCAUCACAUCGGGUCAGCCAGUACUUGAUAUGUACAAGUAUCUCUCUAGCCCUCCAUCGACUUGCCUCAGCAUCGCUAUGUCGACUCUGAUGUGGCAGCACAUCGCACCCACCGCGCCCGACACACUGUGGUGUCAUCCGUUUCGCGAUCGCGAUCCUUUCGUGCUUCAUCAAACACCAGAUAUAUAUGUUGUGGGUAACGCACCAGAGUUCGCCACUGCUUUAGUGAGGUCAGGGGACGAGGAUGCUAAAAAGGAACAGCGAUGCAGGGUUGUUCUCGUUCCGAGCUUUGCGGAAACAGGACUUCUCGUCCUCGUUAACCUCAGGACACUCAACGUCAGAUGCGUUGGCUUUGGGCUUGAGGGUACGAGUGCCAUGAAGAAAGAGCUUGACAGCGAAAAGGAAUGAAUGCGUAAAGAUCACUUCCCAAGCCAAAAUAUGUCGACAUAUAACACAGGUGUUACGUACGGGAUCGCAAACAAUCUUACUAUCUACUUCGUGUAAGUUGAAGAUAGAUAAAAAAACAAAAGUGGUCUCAAGAAGAAAAUAGGCUUAUCUCAGUGAUAUCUCGGAUUUUGGCAAGUAUCACUCGAAUUGUUUUGUCUGGUGUGUAUUGCGUAGCCUUCAGUUGUUGGUCUGUCAGGUAACCAGGUCUUUCACGUACAAUUCAACACUGGCACGACCUAGUUGCUCCAACCUU